CUGCAUCCGUCUGCCCAAGUUCAUAUAUUUCCAUCGUUCUUUUGUAAAUUCUGAUGGAAAAAUGCUUACUUUCGGGUUUGGGGAUUAGUCCGUGAAAUCGCCGUUUUGAUAUCCUCAAGGUAGGAGCUUUUGUAUCAAUACAGCAUGGUCCUUCAUAGGAUAUCAAGACUGGGUUCUCGCAUUCUUAAAGAGAUUGUAGGAGGGCGACGUUCAUCAAUAUGUGGAACAUGGAAUCUACAAAGGUCUUACAGCCAAUGUUUGCGAUCUUUGCCCAUGGUACAGAGCCAAACUAGGAUUUCUCAGGAAGCCAUGUUUUUGAAGAAUUAUAAGUUUUGUUCAUCUUCCAGCACUGCAGUCGAGAAGGGAGACGAAGAAAAUGAAAAAAUAAAUGUUACGUUUGUCGACAAGGAUGGAGAGGAAAUUCAUAUUAAAGUCCCUGUUGGAAUGUCAAUGCUUGAAGCUGCUCAUGAAAAUGAUAUAGAACUCGAAGGGGCUUGUGAAGGUUCUCUAGCGUGUUCAACUUGUCAUGUUAUUGUGAUGGACACAGAGUACUAUAACAAGCUGGAAGACCCGACAGAUGAAGAGAACGAUAUGUUGGAUCUUGCCUUCAGUCUUACUGAAACGUCGCGACUGGGAUGCCAAAUCAUCGCGAAGCCAGAGCUGGAAGGAAUUCGUCUAGCCAUUCCUGCAGCCACGAGGAAUUUCGCUGUUGAUGGUUAUGUUCCAAAACCUCAUUGAUAUUGCUGCAAAUUCUGGUGUGGUGUUUCAUUGCAAGAGGCAAACUUUUGGAAGUUUUCCGGUGAUCGGAUCAAAAAAGGCGACUCAUUUUUCCAUGCAAGAGGCUUAGCCCUUGCCGACUUGAGUGAAACCUUAUAUACAAACACCCCUUUUAGAGUUAAACCGACUUGUCUUUAGCAUUCCUUAGCCCUUGGAGCUGAGACUGGUUGCAGCAUUUGAACGGUUGAAUAAACACAAAAUGAGAUGUUAUUUUAGACA